AUGAGCAGUACCGUCGAUCUUUUUGGCGCCGACGGCCAAGAUACGCAGCCUGUUGUUUCAAUCUCGGCCUCACAGUCACUGAAUGCGUCUGAGUUCUCCCGGGAACCCAUUUCGACGGGCCUGGCGCGUCUUGAUCAAGCGCUGGAUAGCGCGUCGGUAGAUCCGGGCCGGCCUGGCGGGGUCUUGCGUGGACAAGUGACGGAAGUAUUUGGGCCACCAGGGGUGGGAAAAACAGCAUUAGCGAUGAAUAUUGCAUCAAAUGCACUCCGUGAGGGCGGAAAAGUCAUCUGGAUUGACACAAGCGCCCCAAUCCCACUUCCCAGACUCCAAGAACUAACCCAAAUCCCCUUAACAAACCUAAUCUACUUUCGCACUCCAACUCUGCCUCAUCUCAUGUCCCUUCUUACCCAUCCACCCAAAGACUUCCCACCCCAAGAAACCUCUCUCCUUAUAGUCGACUCCGUCUCCUCAUUAUUCCCCUCUUAUUUCCCAAACGCAGCAGAACUCAAAGAACGCCAAUCCCAAGGCAAAAUCACCGACAAGUCACAGCUACAGUGGCUUCUUAAUCGGAAGUGGAACGUUUCAUCUGAUUUGGCAGUCCAUCUGGCCAGGUUGGCGAGUCGGGGUAUCGCCGUGCUAGCCAUUAAUCAGGCACAUACGAAGAUUAAGGGCCAAUUACGUGCAACUUUGCAGCCCAUCCUUGCGGGUGGAGGAUGGGAACAAAAUGUUAUGACGCGCAUUGCUAUGUAUCGAGAUUUACCUGAUAAGCGAUUCAUGGAGAUUACGAAAAGGGGUGGAAAGAUAUUCCCUGUUAGGAUCGGGGAGUUGAUUAUUCCAUUCCGAAUUGAGGAGGGUGGUCUUUGUGAACGCAUUGAUGUGGCUGAUCGGAGGUCUUUGGGCUUACACCCACCGUUACCAUUGCAGCAGACUCAGCCUACGCCAUGUCGGAAACGAAAAGCAUCUAAUGAGAUUGCUGAUAGUCAGGAUGAAGACUCGGAGGACGAGUUUGAGUGGAAUGAUGAAUCGUUGGCCGCUGUUAAGAGCGCCGAAGAAUGA